AUCUUCUCUUCUGUCCAGACAAUAGUUCACGAUAUAAAUGAGUGAUCGCGUCCAAAACAGCCUCUCUCAUACUCUUACUGCUUCUUCGUCUUCCUCUUCCUACAGUACUCGUCCUUUCGAAAGCAUCGAGCCCAUCUCUCAGAACACCACCAAAUCCUCUCACCGUCUGAGCGCAAAACUGCUCCGCUCCAAAUCUCCUAUCCCCAUCGAUAUUCCCGAUCGCAGAGAACCAAACACUUCAGACCCCCUCUACCAGACAAUGUCGCGCAGUUACCCUUCAGCUUCAACUUCCGCAGACAUGCCCCGCCGCUCUGCCAGCCCCGUGCGCUCUCCCCAGUCUCCCACCAGCCCUCGUCACUCUCGCAACCAGCGAGACUCACGCUCUCACCAUUCGAGACGCAGCAGCGAUGAUUACCGUCGCUACCGGGGCACAGUCAACCACUACGGCCGUCACUCGAAUGACUGGCUCUUUGGCGGAUUCAGUCUGCGUGACACUGUCCGCGAUGGAGUUGAGCGACUGCGUCACCAUGGUCGCCACGAUGAGAAGGAGAGCUGAAUGAAUCUGAUAUCGCUCUUCGCUUCCCUCUCUCUCGACUUUCGUCUUUCGAUUCUGGCACGCAUGAUGCUAUCCCGAUGAAUUCAGAAACUCGCAAGUGACUUUAACCCCGGGCCAUGAAAAGUACACCAUGUCGCCCAGGGACUAUCGGUCACCAUCGUCUCUAGACGGGCAGCUCAGAUGCUGCACCAACAUCAACAUCGACAGUCUGUAUCCUGUCAAAGGAAUACAGCCAGCAGAUUCCACCGAUUUCGGAUUUUUAAACCGAUAAACCACACUCCUCCGGGGUGACCAUUUGGUGUUUUUGGGGGAUAUCCAGGUUAUCCACAGUUUCGAGGAAUCGAUUCCCUGUCAUUCUCCGGUUUUCGGAUAUUUCUUCCUGUUUCUAAUCCCCUUGCGGGAAUAUGGUUUAUCGAUGCUCUGCGAGAGUAC